GUGUGUCGCGUCGGGCCAGCGCAAACGCAGUCUGACCCUCCGGCGACCUAGCUGAGGGAGGGGAGGAGAGCAACACCGGCGGUGCUGGUGGAAGAGGCGGUUUGAGCCCAAUCUAACGGGUGGGGCGGCCGAGGAGAGCCGCCUGUUCCUUUAAUUUGCUCCGUUCCUCCUCGCUCCAUACUUGGAAACCGCAUCUUCGCAAGCAAGACCGCGUGGUUCUCUCGGCGGAGGGGGGUGGCCGCUUCGGGAGGGGGGCUGACGCAGAAAUUCUCCCUCCCUUCUCGGGUCUCUUCCCCACCCCACCUCUCCGCUCCCCAAAUCCACCCUCGGUGGCAGCCGCUUCGCCAAGCAGCCGCGAUGUCCUCCGAGAAAACAGGACUUCCUGAUUCUGCCCCACACACCUCUCCGCCACCCUACAACAACCCUUUGCAACCUCCCCCUCCCCCUCCCCAGGAUGCCCCCAUCCCGGGAUACAGUGAUUCCUCUGCGACGGUCGUGCAUUCGGGAACAGCCACUUUGCCCCGGCUUGGAGGGGCUGCUACUCUCCCCCGGCCUCCCCCCACAUCAGCCACCCUCCCGCGCCCGCCCCGCCACCAUUCCGCCACCCUCCCCCGCCUCCCCCCUGACCCCUACAUGCAGGAAACUCAGUUCAACGGAGCCGCCCAGGGCUAUGUCGUGCAGACGCAUCCGCCUGUCGGGACCCUCCCCAUUGGAGGCUACAUGCACCCGGGGUACCCAGUCCAGCUACAGCCUUGUACGGCAUAUGUGCCGGUCUACCCUGUAGGGACGUCCUACCCUCAGGCCAACCAACCUCCACCACCAGCUCUCUCCCCAACACAGAUGACGCCUGGCAUUGCCAUUUUGGAACCCCGGCGCCCACCACACGAUUAUCUUCCCAUCGCUGUCCUCACCACCAUCUGCUGUUUCUGGCCCACUGGCAUCAUUGCUAUCAUCAAGGCUGUGCAGGUGCGGACUGCUGUUGCCCGUGGCGACAUUGUAUCGGCAGAAAUUGCCUCCCGGGAGGCCCGCAACUUCUCCUUCAUUAGCCUGGCGGUGGGCAUCGCCGCCAUGGUCCUGUGCACCAUCCUUACGGUGGUGAUCAUCAUUGCCGCUCAGCACCACGACAACGACUGGGACCGCUAGUGACCAAUCGCCUCUCUUCGGCCUACUCCUGCACCCUGACAACUGGUCACAACCGCCCUGGCAACAGCCACCCCCGGGGAUGGUCCUUGGCAACAGCCACCCCUCCUUCUCCUCUGUCUUCACCCUUGCCAACGACACUCAGAAUGCUUGGCAACCCUUCUCCACCCUACUCUCCGCCCACUUUCAUCCUUGGCUGUUGUUGGCCUUGCUAGCUGCACCGACUCAGCAGAAUGACUUCCAAGUGACGCCAUUCAGACGUGCUCCAUAAGCUAAGGCUCCUAGCGAAAUGCUUGUUCUCUGUUCGUUCCUUUCCCAGAAUACGUUGCUUGCUUCCUUCCUUCCUGAGGAGUAGGCUCCGCCUUCUGUAACCAAGAAAUAACCAUCUUCCUCCCGCUGUGUUUGCAUGCCUAGUGCUGCCCUUGUAUGGACCCGGGGCGCCAGUGCAGUCUCAGUAAAGCCCUGUCUCUCUGCCCCCAUUGUUCUUUUUCAUCAGCUGCUUCCCUUUCUCCACCUUUGCAAUAGAUCAGUGGUUCUCAACCUGUGGGUCGGGACCCCAUUUGGGGUCGAACGACCAUUUCACGGGGGUCGCCAAACAAGGCUGUCCGCCAUUUUCCCCUUUUCUUUGGCCACGCCCCUGGCACCCGGUGAUGUAUAAGUGGUUGGGGGUCACCACAACAUGGGGAACUGUAUUAUGGGGUCGCGGCAUUAGAAAGGUUGAGAACCACUGCAAUAGAUGGAGAAGCACCCAACAUUUGGAGAGCCUGAUUGGCUACUUCCCUGUUUUAUUUGCGGUGCAAAGGAACCGCUGCUUCCAUGCUAAGUGAAACAAAUCACCAUCUGUAAUUAGGAAGGCAUAUAUUUUCAUACGCUGUUUAGAGAUGUUGCAUUUGGUAAGCAUGCAAGUGCUUUUUUUUUAAUACAGGCUUUUUUUUUAAAAGUUCCGUUUCGUAGAGCUUAAAGCAUCGUUCUUUUUAUACCUUUCAUUUCACACUGUCGUUCUUCAUUUCUUCCUUGGAGAGGACUGUGAAACGUUUGGUUUUUUUAAAAAAAAAAAACUUUGUACUUAGUUUGAUUUCUUCCCAUCUGGCUCCAAAUUCUGCAAUCCACAUACUUACGAUAUCUUCACAAUAUUCUUAACAGAUGGGCUUAGAGAGUCUGGUUGCCUUUUAGACAUGUAUUCAACAAGCCAACUCUUUUCCUACUAGCUGAUGUCCAGGCUGGCUUAGGCAAAGGCAUACAUUACAUUAAGCUUCAAGCCAAGGAAGAAAAAAAGAUAGGGAAAGUGUGUGUGUGUGUGGGGGGGGUAAUAAGAACUGCUAGACAAUUCUUUGAUCGUAUCAAUACUUUGGAGAGCAGCCAGCACAAUGGCAUCAGAAAAAUUGCAAGAUCUAACUGAUCUAGAAGACAGAGGGGGUGAGGAGAUGAUAAGUAACUGGAAGAGGAAAGAUGCAGCAAAAAAAUCCAACUGUCCAUCAGUGGAGGGGGGCGGGGCGGUCCAAUGUGGCCAUUUCCAGGAAGCAGAUAAUGUCCAACCUAGAGGAAAAUCCAGAGGAUUUCAGAAAAGAUGCUUUUAUAGCAUCCUAUGCUAAAUUACACAGUGAUGUCUGGUCCUGAAUGUGAUGAUGAGACAAUAGGAUGGGCUGCACCAUUACAGAAAGUGGCACCCUGUCAGCCCAAAUACGGGAGAAAGGAAUAUUUGGGCCAACAGGGUGCAUCAAAAAUAUUUGGGCCGACAGGGUGCAUCAAAAAACCUUCAAGGUAAUUCUCCUCCCCUGUCUCUUCCCUC